UAAUUUUCUUUUUCUUCUCUUUUUAGUUUCCCUACCACCUUGUAUUUUGUUUCUGUACUUCAGAAAUGGGCCUACAGACCACACAGUGGCCCAACCAUAGGGCUUUUUUCCUGAAAUCUUGGCUUCUUAUCUCCUUGGGGCUCUACUCACAAGUGUCAGAAAUCUUGGCGUGCCCUAGCGUGUGCCGCUGCGAUAGGAACUUUGUCUACUGUAAUGAGCGAAGCUUGACCUCAGUGCCUCUUGGGAUCCCGGAGGGCGUAACCGUACUCUACCUCCACAACAACCAAAUUAAUAAUGCUGGAUUUCCUGCAGAACUGCACAACGUCCGGUCCGUGCACACGGUCUACCUUUAUGGCAACCAACUGGAUGAAUUCCCUAUGAACCUUCCCAAGAACGUCAGAGUUCUCCAUUUGCAGGAAAACAACAUUCAGACCAUUUCACGGGCUGCUCUGGCCCAGCUCUUGAAGCUCGAGGAGCUUCACUUGGAUGACAACUCGAUAUCCACAGUGGGGGUGGAGGACGGGGCCUUCCGGGAGGCUAUUAGCCUCAAACUGUUGUUUCUAUCCAAGAAUCACCUGAGCAGUGUGCCUGUGGGGCUUCCUGUGGAUUUGCAAGAGCUGAGAGUGGAUGAAAAUCGAAUCGCUGUCAUAUCAGACAUGGCCUUUCAGAACCUCACAAGCUUGGAGCGUCUGAUCGUGGAUGGCAACCUCCUGACCAACAAGGGCAUCGCCGAGGGCACCUUCAGCCACCUCACCAAGCUCAAGGAAUUUUCCAUCGUGCGGAAUUCCCUCUCCCACCCCCCUCCCGAUCUCCCAGGUACACAUCUGAUCAAGCUCUACCUGCAGGACAACCAGAUCAACCACAUCCCUCUGACAGCCUUCUCAAACCUGCGCAAGCUGGAACGGCUGGAUAUAUCCAACAACCAGCUGCGUGUGUUGACUCAAGGGGUCUUUGAUAAUCUCUCCAACCUGAAGCAGCUCACUGCUCGGAAUAACCCCUGGUUUUGUGACUGCAGCAUUAAAUGGGUCACAGAAUGGCUCAGAUACAUCCCUUCAUCUCUCAACGUGCGAGGUUUCAUGUGCCAGGGGCCCGAGCAAGUCCGGGGGAUGGCCGUCAGGGAGCUGAAUAUGAAUCUUUUGUCGUGCCCCACCACGACCCCUGGGCUGCCCGUCUUCACCCCGGCCCCAAGUACAGCCUCUCCAACAACUCAGCCCCCCCCCUUCUCUGCCCCAACCCCCAGCAGAAGCAAUACCCCCCUGACUCCCACCACCUCCCGGCUGCCCACCAUUCCUGACUGGGACGGCAGGGAAAGAGCGACCCCGCCAAUUUCUGAACGGAUCCAGCUCUCUAUCCAUUUUGUGAACGACACGUCCAUUCAAGUCAGCUGGCUCUCUCUCUUCACGGUGAUGGCAUACAAACUCACGUGGGUGAAAAUGGGCCACAGUUUGGUGGGCGGCAUCGUCCAGGAACGCAUUGUCAGCGGUGAGAAGCAGCACUUGAGCCUGGUGAACCUAGAGCCCAGAUCCACCUACCGGAUUUGUUUGGUGCCCCUGGAUGCUUUUAACUACCGAGCUGUGGAAGAUACCAUUUGCUCUGAGGCCACCACCCACGCCUCCUAUUUGAACAACGGCAGCAACACUGCUUCCAGCCACGAGCAGACGACUUCCCACAGCAUGGGCUCCCCUUUUCUGCUGGCCGGCCUGAUCGGGGGGGCAGUGAUAUUCGUGCUCGUGGUCUUGCUCAGCGUGUUUUGCUGGCGCAUGCACAAAAAGGGACGCUACACGUCCCAGAAGUGGAAGUACAACCGAGGUCGGCGGAAAGAUGACUAUUGCGAGGCCGGCACCAAGAAGGACAAUUCCAUCCUGGAGAUGACCGAAACCAGCUUUCAGAUCGUCUCCUUAAAUAACGAUCAGCUCCUUAAAGGAGAUUUCAGACUGCAGCCCAUUUACACCCCGAAUGGGGGCAUUAAUUACACAGACUGCCAUAUCGCCAACAACAUGCGAUACUGCAACAGCGGCGUUCCAGAUCUGGAGCACUGCCACACGUGACAGCCAGAGCCCCGGCGUUAGGAAGGCGGACGGUGAGACUCUCCAGAACACACACGUGUGCGCACCUAGAGACGCGCGAAUUACAUUUGAUAAAUGUUACCCAGAUGCAUUUGUGCAUUUGAAUACUCUGUAAUUUAUACGGUGUACUAUAUCAUGGGAUUUAAAAAAAAAAAGUGCUAUCUUUUCUAUUUCAAGUUAAUUACAAACAGUUUUGUAACUCUUUGCUUUUUAAAUCUUAAAAAAAAAAAUAGUCGCUGAAGUACUGUACAGGGUUGUACAAGGAGAACCCAACGCCAAGGCAAAAGACGGAGUGAUUCUUCCUCAUGAGGCACAUUAACCAUUUUUGCUGUGGAAGCUGUCAGAGUAAAUUCCUUUCUUACCGUCGGCCGGUGGUUACAUGAAAGGGCAGAUUAGAAGAGCUCAUCAGGGUAGGCUAAGUGAUGGGGGUGAAACAAGAAAUGGCCCAGAUACCUUCAUGCUAUUUCUGCCCUUCCUAGUCUGGAAGAGAAGUUAAAAAUCUCCAAAUAGAAGAAAGGAGGUAGCUACCCUGAGUUGACCCAAAGCAGGAAAUAGAGAAAAGCAUCAUGAGGAAGCCCGUUCCUGUAAGAUAAGUUAACCCAACCCGGCAGAACCCAGCAAAUGACAUUUCGGAAAAGAACUUCAAACUCGGGUGUUGGCUUUCUGACCGGGAGCUUAAAAAUCACUCCUCAUGCUUCCCUGACCCUAUAUGAUAACAGAGUUAGAGACCUGAGUCUGAUUUCAGUCAUCUGCAGGGACAGGUAGGAUGUUCCAGCAAGAAAACUCCCUUUAAAAGUGUUACUAUUCAAAUUAUAUGUCAGGUUGAAUCACAUUCAACAGAGAUAUAUUCUAGAAUACUUUUUUAGAAGAGGCUAAUAAAAUAAUGGGAAGA